AUGGAUAAGUAUGAAGCGGUGAAGAACCUCAAAAUUAUUUCCGCCGGCAUUGACGAACACAAGACAUGCUCAGGCAGGCACAUGGACUACGGAAGUAGCACGAAGGAAGCAAUUAAAAAAAAAAACAUGAAAAAUAAAUAUUUGCAUUUAUUAAGGCAUACCACCAAUACACGUAACUGUGGUGAGGCGGUCUGCAAUCGGGAGUGUCGCCAUUUGGACCGCUCAUCUUCGAAGGAGGAGGAGAUGAAUCGAAGCCCCUGCAAUGACUUCGCGAAUAAGUCAUCAAGGAGGUUAAAACACGUGGAGACCUGUGAUGGAGAUGGCAAAUUAGAUGAGACAAGAACUAGCACAGAGUUCCUAAGAUAUUGUAAUGACCCAGUUGAGGAUGCGAAUCAGUCCACUGGGCUGUUUAUUGCCAACAAGAAAAUAUGCGCCCAAGAAAAUACCCCCCCAGGGGGAAGAACCAAAGGGAAGGAAAAAACCAACCUGAUUAGCUUCUACAAAUACAAUAAUUUGAUUAAUAAGCAUGAGCGUCCAGGGAGCGUGGACGCUAGUGCCGCAGGUCUGGUUGGGCUACCGGCAGAUGAUGAGCAGUACACAGUUAAGUGCAGCCUGAAUUCCCUAAUCUGGAAGAGGCUGCUAAUGAAAGGUUGCGGGUCGUCACAGGACAACAGGAGCGCGUCGUCCACUAGCAAGAUAUGCCAGGUUGCCUCGAGUGAAGAUGCAGAAUUGUGUAAAUUGUAUAGGGAGGAGGGUCCAAGAGGGAGAAGCAACUACGCUGUUGAGAAUGGCGCAAGGGGGGGGAAGGGCGGUACAGCCAAAUCGGGAGGAGCCACUGGGGGGGGAGCCAAAGCGGGUCAGCCGCGCCUCGCCGACGGGGCGAGGAGAGACCCUGCGGAGAGUGCCCUCGUAAACUGUUUCCUGAAGGAGCGCCUUGGCAAUAGAGUGGUGAGCAGCCGCUUGGGCAGCGGCACGGGCAGGAGGGACCGAGGCCACACGAAUGAGCCGGAGCGAGGCCACACUAGUGGAAGCCAAGCAGGUCGGGCGAAUAUAAACCAAGCAGAUGGCAUGAAGAGCCGUCGCGACGGGGGCCCUCCUGCGCGAAGCAGAAAAGGGAAAGCAUCUUCGGAGGAAACGUCCCCCAGUUACUGCCUCGGACAAGCGGCCACGAACGAUCGGAAAAGUGAAGAAAGUCCCAACUGCAGAUUCUGCGUGUGUGACAGAGACACCCGUGUAGGAAGCGAUUCGAUCAGCUAUGGAGAGCACGCGGCCGUUUUGAAGAGCAAAGAGAGGAACCACAUGGGAACCGAAAGGACGGGAGCAAGUGGCGAACAAAAAGGCACACACAGAGGUAGCACAGGUAGAAUAGGUAGCACCACCGCUGUUCAGAAGGACCACCCCCCCUUCCAGGAGAAGGGAGCGUCUUCCGGUCAACAGAAUGGACCUAUUUUACCCGUGGAAGGAAAAACGCUACGUGGAAAUGCCAACGCGUCGAAAAAGGCCCACAGCGACUCGAUGCUUCCCUCCUGCAAAAAACUGACGACGAGCGAAUUCCGCAGUAGGGGGAAAAACGCCAGUGCAGGUAACGUCCCUCAGUGUAUAAGGCGAAGUGAGGAGAUGGAGAAGGCACGUAGGAGGCCGAAGAGUAGAGACCCAAAAGGAGGGGGGGAUGAACCCUUGGGGCGAUCAUACAACGAAAGUAGCGGCUUCUACAAAGGGUGUCAAACUGGGAGAGAACAGGGAGGGGGGAAAAAUAAAAAACUUGGGACCGUUAGCUCUUACAAUAAAUUUAGUUUUAUAAAAAUUACAAAGAAGAAAUCAAUUUUCUGCUACAGUGAGUUCGUGGAUCGGUUUACCCCAUCCGGUAGCGAAUCGGAGGAGGAAGUUCCAAGCGAUUGGCGCGAGAACGUAUCUCGUGAUGGUGAUGUGGAAGUGGGAGGAGAUUCCCCAUUGGAUGACGUCCCUAUGGGUGGAGUAAACCGAGGAAUGACUCUCCAGCGGAAAGAAGUGGCGAAGGCGAAGGUGAAGGCAAACGCGGAGGUGAAGGCAAACGCGAAGGUGAAGGCAAACGCGGAGGUGAAGGCAAACGCGAAGGUGAAGGCGAAGGCGAAGAUGGGUCUCCCCUUGGCAUGCCGCAAAACCAACCAGGGGUCCUCAUCCGUCCCCAUUUUAGAAAAAGAAGAUUUUAACUUUUCCACCUUAAAAAGGUGUAGAAGUCUAGACAAGGUGGUGAUGUGCGGUGGGGAUGACUCGGGUUAUGCUGUGCGCUGUAGGUCGAGGUGCAGUAGGGGGGACCAGCGGUGCCUCUGCAGGGGGGGGGAGGUUGUCACCAAGGUUGAGGGGUCAAGCGGGGAGAAGGGGUGUGUGAGGGGGGCCCAGGGGAGGCAGAUGGAGGAGGAGAAGAAGAAGGAGGAGAAGAAUAAGAAGAACACAAAUAAGACGAAAAAGACGAAGAAGAAAAAAAGCAACCCGGCGAGCACCCGCAGCAGAGUUUCCUCUCGUGGGGAGGAAGCUGCGGAGCCUUUCCCUCCCCCCCGCGCGUGGACGAAGAGUGGUGAGAGCAGACAUAUAAAUGAAAGCUCCAACGAGCGUUUUUAUCCUGCCUUCUUUAGCUAUCAUCCGUGUGUGGGGGUAACCCAGAACGGGGCGCCCCAGUUAGCGGCAGAGAAAGGGUUGAAGAAGAUCAGUCAAGGCAUAUUCAGCGAAAGGGUUGCUGGAGGGAAGAACCAGAUGCGUUCCUCCCCAGUUGGGGACACCCUUGUAGGUUGUGCGGAAGAACCCCCUGCUGGUAGGACGAAGGCGCUGUGUGAGGGGCAUUUGGCGAGCGUUACCACAGGGGGGAGACGGGAGCGGUUGAAUGUGAGGAAGCAGGGGAAGCGGGAGCGGUUGAAUGUGAAGAAGGAGAGGAAGAUGGGGACGGCGGCGAAUAGGGGACGCGUGGCAAACAGGAAGGGUAGGGAGCAUCGGACAGGCUCGAGGUACAACUUGACGAGGGAUUCCCCCCAGGGGAGGGAGAAAAAGAAAAAAAAACUGGGCUCCCAAAACGGGGAGGAGACAACCCUGGAAAGGCGCCAAAAAGGGUGCCUAUUAUCCCACGACAGUUUGGUAGAUCUAAAUUGCCCUCAACAGAGCGCAGUUGAUCACGUGAUGAGUGCGUACCCACGUGAAGAGGUCGAGGAGGAUAGCUGUGAAAAGGGGAAGACCAUCCGAGUGAAGGGCGGAAGCAAUAAAGACGGAAGGGUCGCCACCCCCCACGAAGAGGAUGUUCCCUGCUGGACGACUUCCCCAUGCGAAAUGAGUUCCUCCAUAUGUGUGCACCCCAAGUGUACGUACUACAAUAAGAUCUACCGCAUCGUGGGGCUGAUAUACUGCGGGGAAAAGUCCCAAGUUUAUAAGUGCAUGAAUGUACUUAACAAGAAGAGCUACGCGAUGAAGGUGAUUGUGAGAGAAGAGAGAGAUGCUCAUCACACGGAGAAGUUCUUCCAAAAUUAUUUAUUUUUAAAACAGACUAAGCACAGGAAUGUAAUUCCUAUAUACGACAUUUUUCUAGAAGGCAGUUUCAUCUUCAUCGUGAUGGAGUACUGUGAGGGAUGCACUCUGCUCGACUACUUCAUGUCCUUGGUUCCUGGGUCGCUAGACAUCCAGGAGAUCAAGUGCAUCAUGAAGAACCUUCUGCUGGGGCUGGACUUCCUCCACUCGAAUAAUAUCAUCCAUAGGGAUGUGAAACUGGAGAAUAUAAUGUUUAAGCGGAAGCGGAAGAGAGACUACGCCGGUGGGGAGUUUGGCUCCUGCGCGCUGCGGGCGAGAGGCGCCGCCGCCGCUGGGGGGAGCGCCCAUUGGGCAGGUCACGCGGGGGGCGCGGAUUACGUAGAUUGCGUAGAUCACGCAGGUUACGCAGAUUGCGUAGAUCGGGUUGGUCGCUUUGCCCGGGCUGGGGAGCCCCUCCCCAGUGAGGCCCCCUCCAGUGGGGGCUCCUCCAGUGGGGUCUUCUCAAGUGGGAUUUUCUCCUAUGGGGGCUCCUCCAAUGGGGGAUUCUCCAGUGGGGUCUUCUCCAAUGGGGGCUUUUCCAAUGAGGGCUCCUCCAGUGAAUCCCCCUUGCGCACAUCUACAGUGCUGUCCGCCCACUCGAAGCUUUCCGGCUCGUCUGCCACCUCCAAACAGUCCUCCAUAACGGUGAACUCGUUUCACUCCCAUGGGUGCGACGGAGGAGGCUACUCCACAGUGAAAAGGGGGCAAGACCACUUCAACCCCAUGAGCCACGAAGGGAACUACAUGCAGUCUUCUCUCCUUAUGAAGAGGUACCACUCACGAAGAAGGGGACAGAAGAAUAUCUCCCUAUUGAGGUUUCCAAAGAACGAAGGAACUAGGUGCUCGACCUUCAGGGAAAUAACAAAAAAUUACAUUACAAAGAAGAGGAGAAGAAAGGAGGGAAACAGCUCCUACAGCGAUCUGUGUCUUAUCGAUAUGGACAUGAUGGAGAAGGUCCCGUCCAGCAAGUCCACUCCCAACAGAAGGUCCCAAGUUGUAGUCAUCUGUGGGACUGCCCCUUACAUGUCUCCCGAAUCGCUAGAUGGGGUAAUAUCCACAGCCAACGACGUAUGGGCUUGUGGAGUCAUUCUGUAUGCUCUCAUGGAUGGGCGCUUUCCCUUUCAGAUAAGCAACGACAUGCCUGUCCCCCUGAAGAAGAAGAUUUUAAUUCACACCAAGCCGAACUUUGAUCCGUUCAUUUGGCACGAUCACCCCGAUGUGCUCGACCUGUGCCUGAAGCUGCUGGACCCCAACCCGCUCACGCGCAUACAGAACGCCCGGGAGGCGCUCAUCCACUACUGCUUUGCGGAAGCGGUGUGA